GAAUUAUCUAUUAAUGCAUAUAUUUCCAAAUCAUUUUUGAGCAUAUUCAAGCGAGUUGGCUAUUCUGUUGGUACUGUAGGGUCAAUCUUGCGUUCUAUGGUCAAUGUCAAUGUUUGUUUUAAUGGCUCGUUCAAUAGUUCUGUCUUCUUAAUACAAGGUCUGGCCGGCAAAAGUACACUUGGUCAAACUUCCGCCAGUAGGAUUUCCAAAUAUAUAUUCCACUCUCUUGUCAAUAUACAAAACCGUUUUCUUGGUAACAGGGGUUACUGUUCUGAAAUUGAAAAGAACGGAAUGAUUAUAAAUAAAUAUUAGCAAUUAUUUAUAAAUACGAUUGUACACAGUUAUCUGAAUGCACGUCUGCAAAUAAUUUAUAUAUACACGGGUUACCCAAUUACAUAUGUGUAUUUGAUCCAAACGUGUCGCAGGAAAUAAGAAAAUGUUUUCUUAAUUAUAAAGUAAACUUGAAAUCUAAAAAGCCUUGGCCUGGACAGAGAGCAAUGCCAUUGGCCAGCUUGACGGCGAACUUGCACUUGGCAAACUAUUAGACAGCGCAUCGAUGCUUUAACUUGCUUUUUUUCUGAGAAGACAGCCUACCAGCAGAGUAUGGAUUAUCUGAUUAAAGCCGCGUUAAUACUUUUGGUGGCUACAUAUGUAGCAUCAGAUGAUUUCGAUAACCUUGGAACAGAGUUUGUGUUGACGUUGAUGGAGAAUCAAGUUAUGGGAACAACAGAAUAUGAUAUUGAAGUGUUCAUCACAACCUACAAGUCAAACUCAGUAUCUGUCCACAUCUCUAGCCCUAAAUGGAGCAGCCCGAAGGUUGACCACACUUUCAGCAUCACCGCUGGUCAGGUUGAACUCGUGAAAUUUUCAAAUGAUUUACGUAUGGUUGGAACAGAAAAAUCCUCGAAGGGAAUACUCAUACAGGCGAGUGACGAAGUUGCUGUUUAUGGCUUUAAUAAGGAAAAGUACUCUACAGAUGGUUUUCUUGGCUUACCCACUGACGUAUUGGGGACCGACUACUUCGCUGUAGCAUACUAUCCUCCUACGGAA